AUGGUUAUCAAGAAGUGCAACAUCUGUGACCGUCGCUUCAAAAAGACAGAGCACUUCAAGCGCCAUGAACGGUCCCAUACCAAAGAAAAGCCCUACGAAUGCAAUGUCUGCCACAAACGGUUCUCUCGAAGCGAUGUUUUAAGCCGUCAUGCUAAGGGCCAUAAUGGUCCAGCUGCGCACUCAACCACCAAGGCACUCGACCAACAGCCCCCCGCAUCAUCGGCCCAGGACUUCCAUUAUCAACCGUCCAAUAUCCCUGACAAUGGUCAACAAUUCUUUCCUAAUGUGGAUGCCGGCGUUUACUCUAACUCAAUCCACACGCAAGCGGUAGGGCCUCGCGACAUACCCACCACUGCGGCAGCAGGUCUCCCAUCAUCACUGGACUUUCUGGCGGACGUCUCGUCCCAUCAUGCGCGCACCGAGCCGGAUGCCAAUUCAAUGCUUGUGGUUGACCAACAAACGUAUUUCGAGGAACCAACGGUAUACCAACCGUCCUACAGAGGGCCUGUAUUUGAUCCUAUGCCAAAUGAUUCGCUCCAGCUGUGGCUGAACCCUUCUGAUGCAACUUCAUAUCCUGGUUCUUUGGAUUUUGGGCAUGACUCUAAUAUCGGUCUGACCGAGGAGAACGUAGGAACCUCCACGACACAGCGCCCCCAGCGACAUGACGGGCCCUCUGCUGAUACAGACGAUACAAAAGCCGGUGCAACUAUUCCGAAUGAUAGAUUUGCCAAAGUUCAGAACUGUUGGCUGGGUCCAUCGAAUAGCACCGGGCGCCUCAUCAAUGGUAUUUGGCGGGAGGUGGCGUACGGCAGCAUAGACAAUAUCUUUGCGGCGCACCCUGGGCAAUCACCAAGUAGUCCGCCUGUAUUACUGCAGAAGUCAAGAUAUGGUCUUGAUGAGGAUUGCAGAAGACACCUUCAUGCCACGUUUGGAUACAUGCGACUAUACAGCCAACGAAAUCGUACUUCCAGCGCUCCUCCAGCUUACGACUCGGCACUGAUAGCUCUUGCCCAGUUUCCUCCCGCUGAAAUCUUAGACAUGGCACUUGACCUCUACUUUCGCAACUUUCAUCCGCUUGUACCCUUUAUCCAUGUCCCAACCUUUUCCGCCAAAAACACUAGUCCUUCGGUGCUCUAUGUCAUGUGUCUAAUCGGGAUGACUUUCCUAGGAACACAGGGUACAGCUUCUUUCGUAUCUAAGAAUUUCACUGUUGCACAAAGGCACGGUUUGUUUUCGGCUACCGAAGGUCAAUUGCUCGACAAAAUGCUCUUCGAAGCCAGAGAUCCAACGCAGUGGGUUCAAUUGAUUCGUGGGGGCCAGUGCAUGUUAAUGCCCACUGUGCUAUCACCGUCAGAAAAUGUGGAGAUCGCACCACUGGACAGCUGUGUCGAUAAUUUGGGCUUGUAUGCAGUAUUAUCGAUGGUGCAGCUUAAGCUCUCAGAGUCGUAUCAUCGCCUCCUGUCUAAUCGCGCAAGCUACCCAUUUGCGCCAUGUCACACCUAUGCCAUGGAUGGUCGUGCCAGAUGUCUCUCAACUCUUCAAAUCCAGAUAGCUAGCAAGUACGGUUAUAUCCUAGGGCGUCUGGACCCAAACGCUAGUAUCUUGUGGCACAACAUGUGUAUGAACCUCACAGCGGAUGUUCAGAUUUUUGAACUGGCUGCGGGACGUGCAGGUCCAGGUCCAGCGCGCAAAGCCCUCAACGAUAUUGCUGCUUGGUCGCAAACACCAGCCGCCCGGAGGGCUUGUCUACACGCAGCCCACGUGUACAAAAUUAUGAUACAUCGCAAAGCAUCGGAUCACAUUACGUUUCAUUCAGUCUUUUCGCUUUUUACCGCAGCUCUCGUCUUGGGUUUGUACAUAUACAUGGUGCCCAGUAGCACUGAGCCACAAACUGGAGGCACGCCAAUCGACAUCCUAGAUGAUAUAGACUGGAAUAGUCUGUGUGGCGAGGGCUUCACCAGCUUUAUGGAGCCUAACGGGGCUCAAUCUUGUACAGAGUCGGAUGAGGCAGCGGUGAACUUCAUUCGAAACGGGGGCACCGUAUAUUUCCGUGGGGUCCCUUUUCAGAGUGGCUAUAACUCGGCGCGACGCAUUUUGCUGGACUAUGCGGGCCUGUUGAAGGAUACUGGAAAGUGGAGCGUUCGCAAAUUUUCCCACGUGCUCUAUAUCAUGAGCGACGUCCUGAUGGAUAUGGAUUGA